AUGAACUUCACGGACAAUGGCUCAUCUCCUGAAGACUUUACACCAGACACUUCAAGCGGACUUGAGCCUCAUCGUUUGGAAGACAACGCAGAGCAUUUUCUUGUGGGGGCUGUGCUAUGGUUUGACAUGUUGUCAUGUGCUUCUACAAGCGACGCUCCUCGUCUUCACCUAGAAGCUGCCCGCCUUUUACAAGGACAAAUUGACUUGGCGAACAUCAUCCCCUGCCAACCGUGGGUCGCCUUGGCUAUAGGUGACAUUGCAGCACUUCGUGCCUGGAAGGCAGAUGCAAUCUCAACCUCCAGCCUCAGCUUUUGGAAACUGUUUGAGCAAGGAGAUCCCAUUCGCAAGCGUUUAGAGGAUGGUAUCGCUGGCCUCCGCGCUGAAGUCGACGAAUCGUUUGCCGCACUAGGUGUAUCGCACCUCGGGACCACGGGAGCCUAUCUGGUUCUCGCUAACCCUGGGGUGCAACAAGAAGCUAUCAAACGAGCAAUCACUCUAGUCUUUGCAAAUGCCGCUCAAGUCUAUCUCAACACCAUCAUCUCAGGGGCGGACCCAAAACUUGAUGAUGUUCGAAAUAGUGUCGUCGACACGAUGGAUGCACUGCAAGAAUUGCAACUUAUCUGUGAUGCUCAGGCUUUGCGAAAUCUCAUCUGGCCAAUAUGUAUCGCUGGCAGCAUGGCUGAGGAUGCGCCUGCCCAAUCAUAUUUUCAGAGCCUGAUCCAGGAUCUUGGCGAGGAAGCACACGCUUUCGGCAAUACCACGACUACUCUGCAAAUUAUGCAGAGAUGCUGGGUCUCGCGCAAGGACAAUGGUUCUGGAUCCUGGCACUGGGCUACUGCGAUGGAAUCUAUGGGCCAACGUGUGUUACUCGUCUGA